GGUUUGAGGAUGUUUUGAAGAGUAGAAGGGGGGGUUGGGGGGCGGAAUACGGUCAGGACUGGGGAAACACGCACCCACCUAUACAAAUACACACAUACACAGGAGAGAAAAAUAGAGCUUUGCGUUUCCAGUUGAUGCUGCAGUUGGAAAGGGAUCGACUCUAUAUGGCCCCUUGUUCUGCCAUGAACGCUUUGCAAGUGACGGCUGGCGGCGUGAAGAGCGAGGAGCCUCCCCGCUCCUUGAGCAAUGGGAAGCCGGCGGGAGACGAGGAGCUGGAGCGGCCCAAAGCCCCACCGGUCCUGCUGCCUUUCAGUGUGGAGGCGCUCAUGUCGGACAGGAAGCCGAGCCGUGAGUGUACAGCAGCAGCAGCAGCAGCAGCCGCCGCAGCAGCCGCCGCUGAGGGGCCCUCGCAGAGCGUGAGCCCGCGCCUGGCCGUCCCAGACACACUGGCAGCCGGCAGCUCUUACACUGUGGAAGGACUCUUAAAAAUAUCCGAGGACACCCUGGUCAAAUCGGAGUGCAGCGAGCGACAGGAACGGACGCCGUGGAUGCAGGAUUCCCGGUUCUCUCCGCCCCCCAGACGGAUGAGCCCUUCGACCUGCACCCUCCGAAAGCACAAAACGAACCGCAAACCCCGGACGCCUUUCACCACCUCGCAGUUACUGGCCCUGGAGCGCAAGUUCCGCCAGAAACAGUACCUGUCCAUCGCCGAGAGAGCCGAGUUUUCCAGCUCCCUCAACCUGACAGAGACUCAAGUGAAAAUCUGGUUCCAGAACCGGAGGGCGAAGGCCAAGCGACUGCAGGAAGCCGAGUUGGAGAAACUGAAAAUGGCAGCGAAGCCGAUGCUGCCGCCUGCUUUUGGCAUUAGUUUCCCAAUCGGCACGCCAGUCCCCGCCAGCUCGCUUUAUGGAGCAUCUCAUCACUUCCACAGGCCCACCCUACCUGUAUCUCCCGUCGGACUGUACGCUGCUCAUGUCGGAUACAGUAUGUAUCAUUUAGCUUGAAAGGAAGCGAAAGGGAGCCGAAAGAAAGUAUUGUUUUAAACAAAAAAAAACUCCCCAGAAAUUCUAUUGAACAUUUCUCUCCAUCAUUCCCCCAACCCUCUGUUUUACAAAGAUUCCCCCCUUGGAAGGGGGUUUGUGUACGAUGUAAUAUACUGUAUAUUUGAAGUUUUAUCAUUUAUAUUAUGCUUAUAUUUGUUAAAUAAAUGUAAUUGUUUCAAGUA